CUGAAAUAUCCCGACAGCUAAAUUUGUCCCAACUAAGCCAGCUGUUCGUUAAUAAGUCACACUCGAUAAACCCAAGCAAUUUGGUGUCCGUGUUUUAGUUUGCUAAACCCAAACACAAACACAUCGCCACAAAUUGCUAAGUCCACAAAUUUGCAAGUUAAUCUUGAGCGGAAAGUGUCAAUACGGUGUACAGUAAGCCCCAUUGAAGCAAAAUGAAUAACCGUGGAGUUGGCUUCUCGGAGUUUUUCGUAAAAACCCCAACCAGUCGCUCCAUUCAAUUGCGUGCCAAAAAAGUGGCCAAGGAACUGGUAAUGCACAAUAAGGAUGUGCGGGCGAAGGUAUUGAAUGACAAAGUGUUUACCUAUGCGCGAUUCCGAAAGAUAAUGAAAUCUGCUGGCAAUGUGACGGAUCUGAAUCCGAUCACCUAUAAAAGCAUGAUUGAAAUACGACAAUCGCAGAUCGAUCACCGACGCCUCAAGAGCAUCAAAUCAGCUGGGGAUUCGCUCGGAUAUCAUGCUCGACUUCUCAAUCGCAGCCAGUUAGCUGGCGAAUUUACCCAAAAGCAGGAGAUUUUCCGACAGAACAUGGAACUCCUUGGACGGAUUAACAAGACCAAUCGACUAAAGGGAGGUGUGGAUAGCUUCAAUCGCCAUUUUCCCGCCCUUCAGUCGAAUCGGAACAAGAUCCGUGAGCUGGCAGACCGCUUGAGCCAGGAGAACAGGCAGCUCGGGUGUCGCCUCUCGCAAGUGAAGUCCAAGGUGGAUUCACACAAUCCUUGGGUGCCACCCGUCAAGCCACUCGAGCAAAAGGCCUCCGAUGAGACGGUCAGUACUUUCUUGCCAUAUAUGCCAUCGCCCCGCUUGGGCAAACGUAGUGCCCAAAUCCUGCUACGACCCAUUAUAUAUUUCGAUAUGGCGGUGCGGGAGAAUAACCAGUUUCUGGGCAGAUUACUCCUGCAACUGUACACGGAACUGAGUCCGGAAGUGGUGCUGGAGUUUGUGCGAAUGGCCACCCACAACGAUGUAGGAUCCCAUCGGUUUGUGCGAAUAUUCACCAAUCUCUGGAUGGAGGCCGAGCUGGUACCGGACAACUAUGAUUCCCUGCGUAAUCACCACAGUGUAAAGUACUCCUUUCUGGAUCCCAGCAAGAUUACCGGGGUGCUAUCAUACCCAUGGGACUAUCGCCGUCACUUUCCCCAAGGACUUCUCAGCUAUACCAUCAGCUUUAAGCAAUCGGUGAUUCCGUGGCAGCGGGUCAUCUUUGGACGGGUGUGCGGCGGCCUGAGGGUGCUCCAAAAUUGCCACGAAUUCGGCACCAAAAAUGGCAAGACCAAGAAAACCGUGAUUGUCACGCGGUGUGGCCUGCUCUAAUGGGAGCCCACAUAUCGUCCGCCUCAUUAUGCACCUGCAUUAACAUAAGUCCAACGAACGGAGGCAAACUGACUAAACUGUAGCACAUCUUUGUGGCCCAAUGCAGCAGAAUGUUGUUUUCUCCCACAGAAUGCAAAUAAAAUUAUGAAGUACA